CAUCACCUUAAUGGUGUUCUUAAGAAAGGCAUACGCAUUGAAAGUGAAAACACAGAAAUUGUGGCAGUUGAGGAGUUUACAUUCUGCAAAGAUGAUUCAAAUCAUCAAGUCUUUGGCAGUUUUCAGUGUCCAAGAAUUGAAAGAACUGGCAAUGUUGUGUUGACAUCACCUCAUCAUGUUAUUGACAAG